AUGUCUGCACAUGAGCAUCCAUCGUCAAUAGAGGCCAUUCCCAAGAAUCCAGUUGCCGAGCCCGUGACUCAAGGACCGGGAACAGGUGCCGUUUCCUCUCGGGAGUUGACUUCCAGUCUAGGCGGAACCAUGGAGGCGAAAGGGCCUCCGCAAUUUUCGAGCGCGUGUGUGCUCAAAGAACUCGCUAAAAGGCGAGAUAUUCUGCGGCAACAGAUCGACUCGCCUGCGGGGAGGCUCCACACGACAAAGCUCCGUGAACAAAGUUCAAUUUGCAAACGGGAACAUGCCGCAAAAGCGGGGAGAAGUCGAGCUGAAAGUAGAUUCGAUAGAUCAUAUCUGUUGAAGUCCUUUUCGCUCUGUAAAAAUGGUUCUCGAGAAAUUUCCACGGGCCGCGGCUCCAUUGGGUAUUAUUAG